AUGGACCAAAACACCUCGCUAGAUAAGUUGGCUCACAUCGCCAACAUGUCACGGGAACUCCACGAGCUUAAUCGCCAGAUCAAGGAGGAGAAAAGCCCGGAGUUGUCAGGAAGUGAGCUCGUCUCCGAAGAAAGAUCAGACAUCAAGCUCGAGAACUUAACCAAAUACAGAAGACUCGCAUGUACAUGGUGCAGACAGCAAAAGUCCAAAUGUGAUGCCCGCCAGCAAUAUCCGAAUGCCUGUUCAAGAUGCCAGGCGAAAGGUCUUGCGUGCCAGCUCAAACCUGAUUUCAAACGGACUUCAAAGAAGGCCAAAAUUGCUCUGAUUGAGAAAGAGUUUGCGGAGUUGAAGCGGAACUUCAUCGGCCCGCUGACUAUGGGUGACAUCAUGAAGAUUGCCCCAACACUAGCUACAGAGGGUAUUGCAUUGUCGGUAUCUCCACCACCGCCGUUUAUCAGGCAGAUGUCGCCUAUAUACCCCCAUAUGGGAAGCACUAGUCCUAUGCCAGAAAUUCCUAUCAGACCACCAACUCGUGGCUCUACGGUGUCAGUCCAAAUCCCGGACAGUGCUCUUAUUUGCGAGGAAAAGUCACUAGAUUCUGUAACUUUGGAUCCGGAGACAAUCCGUCAAUUGUUUAUGGAAUACGUCCAUCAUUACCACCCGAUUCUUCCGGUGGUCGAUUUGGCUAAGGGACCUGAACGCAUCUACAGACUCUGUCCAGCUCUUUUCUGGGUCAUCAUGUUUGUAGCACUUCGACGUUAUGACGAAAGCAAGUCGCUCCUUCUUCAGUUGUCUCCACUUAUCAAGAACAUCUUGUCUGAGAUAACAAUCUCUCCGAUCACGCGGUAUAAUCCCACGGAGGAAGAUGAACCCAUCAUGAAUGCUUCGUCGGUCUAUUCCGUUCAGGCUUUCAUCCUCUACACUCUCUGGCCGCCACUUACGUCGUCCUUGAGUGCUGAUUCGUCGUGGAACACCAUUGGAGUUGCGCUUUUCCAAGCCAUCCGAAUUGGUCUCCAUUCAUCCAGCCAGAUCUUGGAGGAGGACCUGAAGAACCAAAAGCCUUCACUGCAGAACUCCAUGGCUCAGGAACACUUGAGAACCUGGAUUAUUUGUAACAUUGUCUCUCAGAACAUUGCUACUGCCUUUGGAUUUCCAGCAUUUGUUCAGUUCGACUCGCUUAGAGCUCAGUAUGCUGACAUCCCGAUGUCGACACGCCACAACAUGGAAAUUGCCCAUUUUGAAGACCAGGUUGCCAAAACACUAAAUUUGAACUCCACUACUGAUACGGGACUCACACAUGUCAAUGAGAGACUUGCACUUAUCAAGGUUUUAAUGAGGCAACUAGAUGAGCUAGAAAUCAAGCUCACUUUUGAGAUGGUGGAUGAGGACGGAUACAGAAAGUUCCAAUAUAUCGUGGCCCGUAUUCAUCUUCUUACGCAUUACUUCCUUGAGGCCACCAAACUACCUCUUGCCGAGUUGUCUAAGGGUCUUGUUCGUCUAUACAAUGCUGCAAUGUCACUCAUCAACCAUGUUGAAAUGUGCCAGGCGAAAAAUAAGGACUUUAUGAAAUACUUGCCUGUUGUAUCUAUUUUGAAUAUCUGGCAAGCAUCUUGUAUAAUUGUGAAGUUGGCCAACUCCCCGUUGAAGACUGUUAUUGAUGUUGACUCUGGCAAACAGAUUUACGUGACAGCCAUCUCCCUUGUAGCGAAAGCAUCCAUUUUGAAGCACGAUAUCGCCUACAGAGCUAGUGGAAUCAUGAGAAACAUGUGGCAAUUGUUCAGAUCGUUGGAUGAUAAAGGAUUGACCAGCUUUUCCAUUAAGAUUCGGUCAAGAAUGGCUGCGUCAGUUUUUUUCGACUGUUUAUCGCUUCUUAGAGACCAAGUGGGUAUGGCCAAGUUGAAUAUCAAAACAGACCUUAGAGAGAACUCGGUGGAAGAUGAUAACGAGGAUGGUGGUGAUGAGGGGGCUGUUGAGUCUGAAGUGGAGGCAGAUGCUUACUCAGGUGACGAAGGAGAAGUCAAAGGAGACGAAAUCGAGUCGUCUGAACAUCGCAGUGCUGGUAGCGUGAGCCAGAAAUCAACACCCGGGAGCUCCAACUCCAGCAAAGUGCGCAAGAAGAGAUCGUUAUCUGGGCUUCAUGAUGCUGAAUCCAAGGCCAGAAAAAUCAUCCGAACCAUUCCAUUGGAUCCCCAACCCAUCUCUGCAUCCAAGAGAAGUUCUAUAUUCAAGGUUGUGAACACCAGUGCGGACACUCUGCCCAGUGUUGGCAAUGACACCGAAGAUUCACGGAGUAUGGCAUCUCCAGGCAAUAUCAAGGUCACAGGAGGUAUUCCAGCGGUUGUUAGACAAGACAUCACUGGAUCAAGGAUGCACAGUCCACGGCCUAUUAGAAGAAAUGGAAAUGGAAAUGGAAUUUCCAGACCCGUGCACGAUUUGAGUCUUGAUUAUAACGAGUCACCGUCUCAUGGUGUUGACAACUUGGAGCUGGACAUUUUUGACAUGAACAACGACUCAUUAUGGAAGGAUGUGGAUAGUCUUAUGAAUGACUUCGGGUUCCACACAUAA